AUGAAGGAAGGAAGGAAGGAAGCAAGGAAACGAGAAAGCGAGGAGGGGAGGAAGCAAGCAAGGAAGCAACUGAGGAAGAAAGGAAGGAACCGGGGGUUCAAGGAAGGAACGAUGCGAAGCAAAGAAGGAAGGAAACGAGGAAGCAAUGAAGGAAAUGAAGCAAGCAAAGACGCAAGAAAGGAAGGAAGGAAAAAAGCAAGGAAGGAAGUAAGUAAGGAAAGAAGGAAGAAGGCGAGAAAGCAAGGAAGCAAGGAGGGAAGGAAGCAAGGAAGGAAUGAAGCGACAAAAGAACAACGCGAGGAAAGAAUGAAGGAAACGAGGAAGCAAGGAAGGAGGAAAGAAGGAAGUGAGGAAGCAAGGAAGGGAGGAUGCAAGAAGGAGGAAAGAAGAAAGCGAGGAAGCAAGGAAGGAGGAGAGAAGGAAGCGAGGGAGGAAGCGAGGAAGCAAGGAAGGAAUGAAGCAAAAAAAGAAGGACGCGAGGAAAAAACGAAGGAAUCGAGGAUGCAAGGAAGGAGGAAAAAAGAAAGCGAGGAAGGAAGGAAGCAAGGAAUGAAGGAGGGAAGUGAGGAAGGAAACGAGGAAGGAAGGAAGAGAGGAAGCAUGGAAGAAAGCAAGCGAGGAAGCAUGGAAAGAAGGAAUGAAGCAAGGAAGGAAGGAGGAAAGGAAGUGAGGAAGAAAUUUAUGAAGAAAGCGAGGAAACAAAGAAGGAGGAAAGAAGGGAACGAGGAAGGAAAAAAGCAUGGAAGGAAAGAGGGAAGCGAGGAAGGAAGGAAGCGGGGAAGCAAGGAAGGAAGGAAGCGAGGAAGCAAGGUAGGAAGGAAGCAAGGAAGGAAAGAUGCGAGGACGGAAGGAAGCGAGGAAGGAAGGAAGCAAGAAAAGAAGAGGCGAGGAAGGAAGGAAGCGAGGAAGCAAGGAGGGAAGGAAGGAAGCGAUGAAAGGGAGAGGAAAGAUGCGAGGAAGGAAGGGAGCAAAGAAGGAAGGAAGCAAGAAAGGAAGACGCGAGGAAGAAAGGAAGGAAGCGAGGAAGGAAAGAAGCAAGGAAGGAAGGAAGCGAGGAAGGAAAGAAGCGAGGAAGCAAGGAAGGAAGGAAGCCAGGAAGGAAGGAAGCAAGGAGGGAAAGAAGUAAGGAAGGGAGGAAGCAAGGAAAGGAGGAAGCAAGGAAGGAAGGAUGCGAGGAAGGAAGUAAGCGAGGAAGCAAGGAAGGAAGGAAGCAAGGAAGGAAUGAAGCGAGGAUUGAAGGAUGCGCGCGAGGAAGCGAAGAAGGAAGGAAGUGAGGAAGCAAGGAAGGGAGGAUACAAGAAAGGAAGGAAUGAAGCAAGGAUGGAAGGAAGGAAGCGAGGAAGGAAGGAUGCAAGAAUGCGAGGAAGCAAGGAAGGGAGGAAGGAAGGAAGCGAGGAAGGAAGCGAGGAGGGAAGCAAGGAAGGAAGCAAGAAAGAAAGGAGGGAAGUGAGGAAGGAAGGAAGCUAGGAAGGGAGGAAGCGAAAGAAUGAAGUGAGGAAGCAAGGAAGCAAAGAAGGAAGGAAGCGAGGAAGGAAGGAAGAAAGGAUGGAAGGAAGCGAGGAAGGAAGGAUGUGAGGAAGCGAGGAAGGAAGCCAGGAAGCAAGGAAGGAAGGAAGCGAAGAAGCAAGGAAGGUAGGAAGCGAGCAAGCAAGUAAGCAACAGGAGAUUGAUAUAGGAAUAAUAUUCAUAAACAUUAUUCUAACUAAAUCAUUUUAUGUUGACCUAAACGC